GAGAGUGCAAGAUGGGCGUGGCAGGACCUUGUGGAGGACUAUAGACGUCGUGAGCUUACCGAGCCUUCAGAUAAAUUCACCGCGCUGGCAGGUGUCGCGGAACAGUUUUAUCGAGCCUGGGGUGGCAAGUACCUCGCGGGAUUGUGGCAGAACACACUGCACAGAGAUAUGCUGUGGUUUAAAGCUGAUGAUACGCGCUGCCCGAGACCGGCGAAGUAUCGUGCGCCGGCGUGGUCAUGGGCUGCUGUGGAAGGACGAGUGAUUGCAAGGGAGAUAGACGACCGUCUGAACGAAGACAAAUGUGGUGGCGUCGAGGAGUGCGAGAUGGUGCGCUGUGAGGUGGUGCUUGCGAGCGAAGAGGUGCCUUUUGGAGAGGUGGAUGGGGGUGUUUUGGAGAUGAAGGCAAGCAUUCAGAAAGUGAUGUGGGAUCCCACGGCAGACAGAGCUGAGCUCUUCAUGGAACGCGACAACAAUGAGGGCGGAAGAGAGAGGGUGUGCAUUGGAGAGGCGUACCCUGAUACGGCGGAUGAGUGUUCGGGCGAUGUGUGGGCUGUUCCUGUGCGGUGGAAUAAAGGACGGGGAGAGGAGCUGGUGGCUGGGUUGAUUGUUGAGCGUGGCAGCGGCGAGGAGGGUCACUUUCGUUGCGUUGGAUAUUUUCGAUCUCCCAGUAGAGAGGCGAGUGAUCUGGGUUGGGGAGUCCCCGAAGCAGAUGGUGGUCAUUGUUUAGAGGGUAUUAGUACUUACAUCCCAGUGAUGACCUUAGAACGGGAACUCUCACUUUUCAUAAAAAUCGAUUUUUGCUUGCU